UUAUAAGGGGGAACGGCGAUGGCCCAGAUGGGGCUGGUCCGCAGCUAGACUUCCUCCGCAGUGGAAGAAAGCGUCGAUGCAAGCAGAAGAACAUGGUGGCAAAGUCCGGGCGGAACACAAGCGGAGCCAAAUGAUGUUUACAGAGUGCUGAGAGACACGAAAUGGCCAUAAGGGAACUGAAAGUCUGUCUUCUUGGGGAUACAGGAGUUGGGAAGUCAAGCAUUGUGUGUCGUUUUGUGCAAGACCAUUUUGACCACAACAUAAGUCCAACCAUUGGCGCAUCUUUUUUAACAAAGACUGUUCCCUGUGGAAAUGAGCUUCACAAGUUUUUGAUAUGGGACACCGCAGGACAAGAACGGUUUCAUUCUUUGGCUCCAAUGUACUACCGAGGGUCGGCAGCCGCUGUCAUCGUCUAUGACAUCACAAAACUGGACUCCUUUCAGACUCUGAAGAAAUGGGUAAAGGAGCUAAAAGAGCAUGGUCCUGAGGACAUUGUAGUGGCCAUAGCGGGAAACAAAAAUGACCUGGGAGACAUCAGGGAAGUUCCUAUGAAAGAAGCAAAGGAAUUUGCAGAGUCCAUUGCUGCUAUUUUCAUUGAAACCAGUGCUAGGAAUGCUGUCAAUGUCGAGGAGCUUUUUCAGAAAAUCAGUCGGCAGAUUCCGCCAUUGGACCCCCAAGAUGUAGAGAGCAACGAGUCCUUUAAACUUACCCGGCAGCCACCUCCAGCCUACAAGCGUUGCUGCUAGUGAGAGGAACAUGAGGGAGGGCUUUUACACCCAUGGUUGUGUCCAGGCCUUCACAUGUCAGCCUUUAACAAGAUCUGCAAGGAUGUCUCAGCUCUUGACUGCAAAGAAAUCCUUAGUGGAGCAGCUGUGGUUUCAGGAGGGUUAUGGGGAUGACCAAGAAGGUGCCCCACUUAAAUGAUUGCAGUCUUCUAGUAAGGUACCUCUUGCUCCAUCCCCAUGGUUGUUUUUAGUCUCAGUGUAAAAAUGACCCUGCAAACCAGUCAGUGGAAUUAGCAGUUGCUGUAAGUAUUCAGAAGGAUCGGGUACAAGGUCUGAGCUGUAGAAAAAAAAAAUCAUCUUUAUUUAAAACUAUUGAAUGCCCAGGAUUCUCAUGUUUGCUUGAUGGGACACAACUCAUUUUUAGCUGAUGGAUCGUCCAUGUACCGUGGUACAUGGUGUGCUGCCGUUAGCAGCUCCGAUGCUGAGCUAUGAUGAAAGCAGGGAGACGUACAACAGCUUCGAAGCCAAGGCAGUUAUAGAUCAGCCAAUUAAUAAUCAUACGCUGAGACAUUUGGCUUUUAUGGGGGGGGGGGCAGGUGAAGGCAGGACCUGCACCUGGGAUUCCUGCUGUUGCUCCAGAAACACUGGGGGCAACAUGUUCAUUGGACCUCCGCUGAGGUGAGAGCUGUGCUGGACUGAACAGCCAUGCAGCUCCAUCCCCUGCUGUUUCUCCACAGCGUCGCACUGGUAGCCUCGCUCGCCGAAAACCGCUCUCGAGUUUUCACUGUUACCCAUUCCUUUUAAUUAUCGAUCCGCUUCCCGGAUUGUCAUAUACUCCUCUGUCUACAUGGCCUGAUAAGUCAUGGGAUCUCCAUUACAUUUCCAGUAUUUCCUUUGUCUAUGUGUUUUGAAUUUAAACAUUAGUUUCAAGCAAAUAAAGUGAACAUGCCUGAAAUGCCACAUUAUUUGCAUGACUUAUGCCAAAUACAAUGGGAAUUUUACUCAUCUUGCAAUUUAAACACUUUUUGUUUUUUUGAAAAUUCCUCUGAUUAUGUGAUAUCACUGCGUGACAACACUGAAAUUAUGUCAUUUUUAAAAGACUCUUGUUGCUUUGUGUUACUUUAAUUCUUUCAUUUAGGAGAAUGAGCCACAAAUUGUUGUGUGUAGUUUAACAAGAAAACAUACAGGUAGCUCAUGCAAAGAUUGUGUGAAAUUUAUAUCUGAGAUAGACUCACAUUAAUCAUAAACAUUUUUGUAAUCAGUGCAGACCAGGUUAACCUCUUCAUUAACCUAUAUGUUAAUAAACUAUUCAUAUCCUUGUGCUCUGGCUCCUCUCUGUUCUCCCUGUGUCCACUUUCUUUAAUCUCAGUUCUGCAACUAAUGAGAAUUUUAAAUUCAAUAAAUUGUUAA